UUUGUAGCGCGGUUUAACCAGAUCGUGACUUGUUGCGAUUGAAAUAAAUGAACACACGAGUGAUUGCUGACAUAAAAUGUACUGUUUUGGAUGAUGCUGUGAAUAGUUGAUGAUAGCGGAAUGAGGAGCGAGAAAUCUUGUUUCUGGUCCAUGCUUCAAGCUCUGGCCUUAUUGCCUACAAUGGCUUUGAAAGAUUCUCAAACUACAACAAAGAAGUUCUCAGAAGAACCAGCAUUUGAGAGACCUAUUGGCAACCACACUUUCUUCCUAGGCAGAGAGGCGGUUCUAGGCUGUGCUGUCACAAACCUUGGAAAACAUAAAGUGGGUUGGCUUCGAGCGGAGGACCAGACGGUUUUAACGAUGCAUGAACGAGCAGUCCUCGGGUCGAGGUAUGCGGUGAGCCUGGACGCGCCGAGGACAUGGCAAUUGCGUAUACGACCACUGCGAGCUGAAGAUCGUGGCUGUUACAUGUGUCAAAUUAAUACCCAACCAACUAUGACCUGGCAGAUAGGAUGCAUCGAUGUUUUUGUGCCACCGGACAUAGUCAGUGAUGACACAUCUGGGGACGUUUCUGUUCAGGAGCUAGAGAACGCCACCCUCACUUGCAAGGCCACUGGCCACCCUCCACCAAAAAUCACAUGGAGGAGAGAAGACCAUGAACCUAUUCUGCUCAAGAAACCUUCCUCGAGAGAUUUUGAUAAAGUUGAAAGUUACGUGGGCAGCUCAAUGCCUCUAUGGCGUGUGGACCGGCGGCAGAUGGGUGCAUUCCUCUGCAUCGCUUCCAACGACGUACCACCAGCUGUCAGCAAAAGGAUUACGUUAAACGUUAACUUUGCACCGACAGUAAAAGUGCCAAAUCAAUUGCUUGGUGCGCCGUUGGGCACGGACGUCAAACUCAAGUGCUACGUGGAGGCCUACCCUAACACUAUCAACUACUGGAUCAAGAAUAGAGGAGAAAUGUUACUGGACGGACCGAAAUACACAAUUCGAGAAGAGAAGACAUCAUACAAGGUGUCGAUGUGGCUGACCAUCAGGCAGUUCUCGAAGAGUGAUAUUGGGACCUACAACUGCGUCAGUACCAAUUCAUUGGGCAAGAGCGAAGGGACCUUAAGACUUUAUGAAAUAAAGCUGAAUUCAUACUCAGAGGAUUUCAGCAAUCAAAUAAGCGUCGCAGGAGGUCUCACCGAAGCAGCCAAAGGAAACUCCGAGGACAAAUUCCGUAUAGAGAGAACACUUCUGAUAAUGUUAUUUUGUAUUGUUUUUAUGUUAACGUAG